GGCCGCCUACGCCGCCGGCAGCUGCAGGUGGAUCACCACCACCGUGUACAUCGCCUGCCUUGUUGCCGCGGUGUUCCUGUACAUCCUGCUGCAGGCGGUCAUCGCAGGGUACGUCUCCGGCAUACACAAUGCAAGAGGGAGGUGUGACCAGGAGACUCGAAAGCAACAAUGGGCGGGUGGGGAGAAGGUGGAAGAGUCACGGUCGCUCCUGCUGCUACUGGCGACACUGGCGGCGACGGUGACUUACCAGGCAGGCCUGAGCCCGCCGGGCGGCGUCUGGCCGGAAGGCCAUCUGGAUAGCAGUCACACUGCCGGAAACCCGGUGCUCCACGACAUUAACCCCAAGAGGUAUAAGGCUUUCUACCACUGCAACACGGCGGCGUUCGUGGCGUCGCUGGUAGUCAUCGUAAUUGUCCAGAGCAAGGAGCUGAGCUCCGGCGCCGUCGUCAGACGCGCCGCGCUUAACACGGUCAUGAUACUGGACUUGUUCGGCCUCAUGGGCGCCUACGUUGCGGGGAGCUGCCGGGACGGCACAACCACCAUCUACGUUGCCUCCCUAGCCGUCGCCAUCUUCGUCUACUCCAUCGCCAAGGUCGUGGCGUUCUCGGCUAAGGGCAAGCACAGCAAGCUGACGCAUUGCGUGCAAAGCAUGUGCGAUAACCUUGCACGAUUGCUCCGCCUCACCUCCGACGUGUCAUCGCAGCAACGGGAAGGGGGACAAGCUCAAGGAGCGGUGCAUGUUCCUACUGCUGCUGAUCACCUUCAAGGUGAGCUCGACUUGGAGUCCAAGAGUAAGCAUAUUCUUGAAGGUGAAAAGCGUAGUCUUGAGAGGAAGCGCAAGUUCUUGCUGCAGCUCGCCAUACUCGCGGCCACUGUCACGUACCAAACCGGGUUGAACCCGCCAGGCGGCUUCUGGACGGAGAGCGACGGGGGAAAAUCGGUCACCGCCGGUGACCCAGUCCUCCUCGACCACUACAGGGUCAGGUACCAAGUGUUCUUUUACUGCAACGCGACGGGCUUCAUGGCAUCCGUCGCCGUCAUCCUGCUACUGGUGAACCAGACACUGUCCAAGCAAGGCAUUCGGAGUCACGCACUCCAUGUCUGCAUCUUGGUUGGACUCCUGGGCCUCAUGGGGGCUUACGCCGCCGGCAGCUGCCGGAAGCUGCGAACCUCAAUCUAUGUCUUUGCGCUUGUGGCCGCGGUGGUCGCCUUCCUCCUCCUGCAAAUCCUACUUUAUGUGUUCGCGGACCGCGACCACUGGUUAGAUCGGCUGCCACGGCUUCCUUCGCGGGUGAAGGUGCUAUUCAAGCCGCUCUGGACAGGGCCGACCGGCUCAAGCAAGGACAAGAGCAAGGAGGAUAAACCGGAGAGCGAGAGGUACCUGAAGCGAAAGUACCUGAUGGUUCUCGGCAUCCUGGCGGCGAGCGUGACGUACCAGGCUGGUCUCGCGCCUCCCGGCGGCACGUGGGGCGACGACGAUGCCGCUUCGCCGUCGCCCUUGCCGUCCCCAUCGGCACACCCACCCACCGUCGCCGGCAACCCGAUCCUGCUUGAUUUCAACGCUCCACGGUACCAGGCAUUCUUCUACUGCAACGCCACGUCGUUCGUGGCCUCCAUCGUUGUCAUCAUGCUGCUGCUGCAGCGCACCCUGAAGCCACACGGCGCGCCACUUUGGGCGAUGCAGACCGCCGUGUUGCUGGACCUGCUUGGCCUACUGGGCGCCUACGCCGCCGGCAGCUGUAGGGACUGGGAGACGUCGAUCUACGUCAUCACACUCGUCGCCAUUGUGGUCCUCUUCAUCGCGCUGCACGUGCUGCUGUCAUUCGACGUCGUAUUUAAGAAGGCCAAGGAGCUCAUGCCCAACAAGUGCUUUGAAGUCGAUGAUAAGGCCAGCCGCAAUGACAAGUAGACCAUUGCAUAGUUAAUGUUAUUAUUUUUUCACGGGUUCUGUUUGAUGUGGCAUGUAUAUAAGUGUUGCAUGUAAAUUUUGAAUAAUUCAAUUCAAUUGCUCUAUUUUUCUA